AUGGCGGUGCGAGAACAGAGCCGGCAGUCAUCACAGCUGCUGUCGCAGUCACAGUCGCAGACGCUGAAGCGGAAAAGGUCGGAUUCUGCUGGAUCAGAAGUGACUACGGGAAACGCCGUCAGCGUCCCCAAAAUAGAUACCUUGCAUAAGACCACAACGCUUACAGACAGCGACAGCAAAGCGCAUCAAGGAGACACAGUGGAUUCCGACGUAGAUCGGGAACGCGAUUCAGCUGCCAGCAAAUCAAAAAGGGUCGAUAUACCCAAGUUAAAUGAUCUACGGCAGCCGAUAGCAGCGCGGACCAUGGAUACCGAAGAGCUGCGCCAGACCUUGGAGUCACAGCUUAGCCUGGAGGUGCUGCUCAAGCACGAUGAACUCCGGAUGAUAGAGCAGGAAAUGGCCAAGUGCCAGGUUGCGCUGGAGCAGCUGCGUCGUUGCGGCGAGAUUCCGUACCCUGGAUCUGGCCUGACCGGACCUCUGGCGGCCGUCAGCAACGGUACCGGGCCGUCCGUGAUGCCGGCGCGCAGCAGUCCUCGUCCGCCUACCUCGCCUUCUCCCUGGGGUACCAAUGACGGAGCAUAUACCCGCCAUUACGCACGAUGGCUUCUCCCCGAUCCACGAUUCGAUGGUGGAGAGGUCGAGAUGGUGACGUUACCGUCCGGAGCCGGUAAGAGUCCUGUUGUAGACGGACGAACAACUCGCGCAUCAUGGGCUGAUGCAACCACGGCUUCUUCCCGUUCUCAUCGUGGCACUGCUGGUGCGAAACUACAGGCUCUUUCAAGCGGGUACCCUCCGCCAAAGGACAAGGCCGGUCCGAUGAUCAUAAAACGCAAGAGUGAUGGCCAGUUCGUCAAGCUUGUGUGUCUUGACUGUAGACGUGAUAACUUCUCCAGCACGCAGGGAUUUAUAAACCACUGCCGAAUAGCGCAUAACCGCAGUUUUGCCAGCCAUGACGCUGCUGCUGCUGCUUCCGGAGAGCCUGUUGAAGUGGAUGAGGCUGGCACCGUUGUGGGCGGGAACAGCGAACCGCCUGCUGCUGGCCCUGCCGGUUAUGUCCAUCCGUUGAUUCGGUCUGCCCUGCUCACUGACCCAGCAAAGGGGGCAAAACACAGCAACCAACAGACCAAGGCCAGCGCCAACGCUGCUGCUCCUAAAUCCGUCUCUGCUUCACCCCGGCUACAGCCACAAUCAAGUACUCCCAGACGAGGCCCUAAAAAGCCAGAUGCCUCUCCCGCUUCCGCUUUCAAGGCAUCGCCACAGACGCCUCACCUGUCUUCCCUCAUGCUCUGGAAGGGCUUUGACAUCGACCUGUCUCACGUUGUGAACGAUGCUCUCACCAAACCAGACGUCGAGAUGUUCCUCUCCGAUGAAAACUCGGACAGCGAAGCAGAGGAAAAUGCCUCACAUGAGCAGACAAGUUCCAAGCUAAGCAUUCAGAAUAACCGACUACCUGGCCGAACUGUGUAUGCAUCUUCCCAGCCUCAACGGCCUGGCAGCCGCAAGGGAAUGGACAAACGAAGCGUCCCCACGCGUCGCUCCCCAGGCCCAUUGAACACAUCGACAUCGACAUCUCCGGUCCUUCCCCUAUCUUCAGGAACAGCAGCGAGACGGCAUCCACAGGCAGAUCAAGACAUCGACAUGACAGACUCCAACUCCCCAAACCUCAGCCCUAACACCGUCGAGUCCAACCAGGCCCCUAGCCUCGUAAGUGACGACGGCGAGUAUGAAGCUCCGUCUGAAUCCGAGAGUCCGAGCCCCAGCUCCUCUAGCUCCGAGGACGAAGGGAGUAAAUUCGAUGACGUGAAGGUUCAAGACGGAGAUGACCCCAGUGCUGACUCGAAUGCUUCGAAUUCUACCACCGGGCACAUCUCGGGUCCUGCGAAGCACCAUACCAGACCACCCAUACCUACCACGCCAACUAGACGGCAUACAGUGGGCAGGAAAGACGACUUGAAAAAUAAAAACGCAAAGAGGCAUCGAUAG